GAAAUGAGACGCCGUACAAAGGCAGAAAGCAAAGUUCAUUUGUUGUUGCGGUGAGUGGUGGCAGCGGCGCGGCGGUGUGUGGAGUGGUGGCUAAGGAGCAGCGAGGAGUCACCUGUCUUGGCAGGUUCUUGUUUCAUCAGUGACAGGAAAUACCAAGAGUGAAUUGUCAAGCAGCACACAACUGAAGAUGGCCCAUGAACUGAGGAGAAAAGUGUUAGGGUGCUUCAAACAGCUGCAUCGCACCCGCCUCACAGUGUUUGAGGGCGACAGCAAGGCACUGGCAGCUGCUCGAGAAAAGAUCAACACAGAAUUCCAUAAGAACAAGAAUGUGUCAGAUGCAGCUGCUGUGGAAGAGCUCAUCACCCUUGGAAGACAGGUGGAAGAAGUGCUGAGGACCAAUGUGAUGCAGGUGGUGGAAAAAAAUGAUGGUGUUUAUAGUGCCAAGCUCCGGCCAGAGGUCACCAGGCUGGACACUGGUAAGCCAUACAGACCCAUGCCAGACACCAUGAUUGGCCCCUUCAAGAAAAAGAAAACUCCAUGCAGUGACAGUUAAACUGUUACAGAUUGACAGCAGGGAGGAGAUGGCAGCCACCGACUUCUUUGGUGUGGCAGUGAGCAGAAAGGUGUACUUUCCCCUUCUAAAGUGAGCUUUCCUGGUGGUAAUGGUGCAGGUGGUUGCAGUGACUGAAGGACAGAGGACACGUCCACCACCAGCAUCCCACAAGGACACUGGUCAGGACCAGAGACAGUGCCAGGGAAACUUUUACCUGAAAAAGCAGCAUUAAAUGAAUCCAGACAUUUUAUUUCCCAUUAAUAAACAAGUUUUUGUUAAAUAACUUUUACCAACAGACUUUUUAAUGAAAAAUUAUAUAUUUAUCUAUAUUGAAAAUCAGCUUUUAUAAAACAACAAUCUACAUUUGGAUCUUCUAACUUGCUCAAUACCCUCAAAAAAAAAACUUGUGAAUUGUGUUGGUAACUCUCUCUCUCUCUCUCUCUCUCUCUCUCUGUUAUCUGCCACUGUAGUACUUUUCAAUGUUGUACAUACUUGUAUGUUUUUAUUUGUAAAUAUAAGAUAUUAAUAAAUGAUAAGACUGAAAUGCA